AACAAAAAAAUGGCUGGAGUUUGGGUGUUUAACAAUGGUGUAUAUCGCCUUGAAACCAGUCCCCGGAGACGGGAAUUGGUACACUUACCAUCUGGUGAGGUUGUAUCAUCCUACACUUUCCUGGAGCAUAUUUUGAGAGGUUUAGGCUGGGAGAGGUACGACGGGGGUGAUCCUGACCUCUUCCAAUUCCACAAGCAAUCUUCCAUCGAUCUGAUUUCACUUCCUAGGGACUUCUCCAGGUUCUGCUCCGUUCACAUGUAUGACAUAGUCGUUAAGAAUCCCAAUGUCUUCCACGUACGGGAUAUGUGAGAGUACUGAGAGCUCUAUAUAUACAGCCUACAGCUAGCUAGCUCUCUGUUUCCUCCAUAUAUAUUCCAUGCUAUCUAUCUAUCUAUCUAUCUAUCUAUCUAUCUAUCCAUCUAUCUACCUAUCUAUCUAUAUAAUAUACAUAUAUAUAUAUAGAUAUCAUAAGUAACCUCUCUCUGCAGUGCUUGUGUGAUCCUUUUCUUGACUCUAUUUUUCCCCCUUUUCUGAGAUGACUUCAAUCUCAUCUUUUAGGGCAUUGUUAUGGUGCAGUGUAUGACUAGGAUUGGUUCCACUAGGGUUUUAAGCAGGUCUCUGGUCUCUGGAGACCUUAUUAAUUUGCUUGCUACAAUAAAGUGGACUAGUGUUUGUACUAGGUUUGUAUGAUGAAUUGCUGUGUUUCACGUCUGUAUGUAAAUAUUUGAUGUUUUAUAAUAAUAAAGUCAUGCAUGGAACUUUAAAGCAGUUUGAGAUUUUACCAUCAA